AUGGACAUUUUAAAGACUAAGCAUAUCAGGUAUCAGAUCAACUGGCUGUAUGACGGCACCCACAGCAACAGGCAGCUGAAGACAGUUGUGCUGACAGGAAACCCGCUCAUGCUUCUGUCUGACACAGCAUUUGCUGGCCCACAUUCCCUGGAGCACCUUGUCUUAACAAAGACAGGAGUAACCAGUAUCUCUUUCAUUCCAAUGACAAAUCUGGACAGCUUAGAUACCCUUAUCUUGGACAGCAACCAAAUUUCUUCAUUGCAGCUUCUUCCCAACUUUCCCACUCAAAACCUCAAACAUCUUGACUUUCAAACAAAACAUACAAGCACAGCAGUAGAUGUCCAUGUUCUGCAGAAUAUCAGCAAUAUAACCCUCUUCUUUAAAGGCAAUGACAUUACAUAUAUUGAACCUAGAGCCUUCAGCCCCAUUUCUAGUUUGGACUUCACAGACUGUGCUGAUGCCUCUGGGGUCCUGGCAGGGAUACAGAACUCCACAACCAAGCCCCUUUGGCUGGGAACAUUUUAUAGUGAGGAAAAUGAUCCCUACAUAAGCCCAGAUGUUUUACAAGGCCUCUGUAAUAUCUCUGUCAAGGACCUCUAUUGGCAGUUACAGCAUUUCAGAAAUCUGAGUGCUGAUACAUUUCAGUGCUUAACCAAGCUCCAACUGGAUCUAACCCAAAUCCACAUACAUGCAUUGCCCCCUGGCAUCAGUGGCAGGAACUUGGUAGCAGAGUUAGUUCUCAUUAUAAACUCCUUUAAGCACCUCUGCAACAUCAACUCUGCUGCCUUCCCCUCCCUUAACUCACUUCACAUCAAGGGCCUGUGGCUGGGCUCUGGCUGUUUGGAGAAACUGGCAAAGCUUCAGCAUCUUGAAUUAAGUCAGAGUCAUAUUGCAAGCUCUAAGUGCUGUAAUGAAGCGCUGAGUGGUUUGAGCAGUCUUCCUUACGUGAAUCUGUGCCACAACAUACAGCUCCAUCUGCAGGAUUUGCUCAUUAAGGACAGUCCUAACCUACAGCUGCUUGACCUAACCUUCACUCCUUUUCAUAUUAACACUUCACAGGGCCUUUUCUGA